GUGGCAAAAUCCCGCAGGAACGGUUUCCACGAAAAGAAAGAAAUGAACUUAGACCACAGCACGUCCAGAUUCAUCUAUCUUCGGUUCCCUUUCCAAAUAAUAUCAUCGUCUAUGGAGACUUGUAGCUCUAAGAAAGCAACUCGCAGCUCUCACAAGCUAUGGAAGUUUCUUUUUUUUCACUGCUCUAGUUUUCCUUUUCCUCUGAUCCAUCUCAGUUGUACGUUUUGAUUGUCUGUGUAUACCUAACGAAGGAAGGCUUGAUUUGAUCUCUUGCAUGCUUUAAGAGUGAGAAAGAUGAAUUCAGAAAAAGCAGAGAAUCAUCAUCAUCAAGAGCCUUACCAUGUUAUUCACAAGCUUCCUCCAGGCGAUAGCCCUUAUGUUAGAGCUAAGCAUGUCCAGCUAGUUCAAAAGGAUCCAGAAGCGGCGAUAGUUUUGUUUUGGAAGGCGAUAAAUGCUGGAGAUAGAGUAGACAGUGCCCUCAAAGACAUGGCAGUAGUUAUGAAACAGCAGGAUCGAGCAGAGGAAGCAAUUGAAGCUAUAAAAUCUUUCAGGCAUCGCUGCUCCAAGCAAGCCCAAGAAUCACUUGACAAUGUCCUCAUUGACUUGUACAAGAAAUGUGGGAGAAUUGAGGAACAGAUAGAACUAUUGAAGCAAAAGCUUCGGAUGAUUUAUGAAGGAGAGGCUUUCAAUGGAAAGCUUACUAAGACAGCUCGAUCUCAUGGGAGGAAGUUCCAGGUUACCAUAAAGCAAGAGACGUCUCGGAUACUGGGAAACUUGGGUUGGGCGUACAUGCAGCAAGGAAGCUAUUGGGCAGCAGAAGUUGUAUACCAGAAGGCUCAAUUGAUUGAUCCUGAUGCUAACAAGGCUUGCAACUUGUGCUUGUGCCUUAUCAAGCAGAUGCGAUAUGCUGAGGCUCGUUCUAUCCUUGAUGAUGUAUUGCAGGGUAAGCUUUCAGGAUCGAAUGACCCCAAGUCAAGAAACCGUGUCGAGGAGUUACUUCAUGAAUUAGAAACGUGCCAAUCAUCACUGCUAUCCCCCAAAUCAUCAGGAUUAAGUUUAGAAGAUGCAUUUGUUGAAGGACUUGACCAGUUGAUGAGCCAAUGGGCCCCCUAUAGAUCAAGGAGAUUGCCCAUCUUUGAGGAGAUAUCUCCAUAUAGAGAUCAAUUAGCCUGUUGAUCCUAUGUUCUUAGGUCCAUCUCUCAUGAUAUGUUGAGGUGAUGAAAUGAUGUUUUGUAAGAGAAUAAAUGGGAUUAAGAUAAAAUAGUAACUGUAAAAAAAAUGUGCACUUUUGAAGGAAGCUGUAAACUAGUGGUUCUUUGCACUGCAACUGCUCCAAAACCUUAAGCGACAAAGUUGCCCGAGAAAUACUUGCGUCGGACAAUGGGUUUGAAGGCAAAAGAGAUGGAUCAGAAAGCUUUACGUUAACAUUACAGAAAAGGGUUGAAAGUGAUGCUUGCUCGGCUAAUAUGUGGUUCGACAAUGAAGAUGGGCCCUGGUAAAUAAUUGGUGACAGGUGAAUUGGGUAUACUCUACUUCCGUCUUCCUACAGCCGAUGUCGGUUUGAAUUGAUCAAAAUAGAUUUUGAACCGUCUGAUUUGGUUACAUAGAUCAUAAUGUAAUUUAAAAAAAACUAAAGAAAAGCGUUUUAACCAAA